AUGCCUACAACGGUAUUUCAACAAGUCAUGAUGCUCGAUGACUCGGCUUUGCUAACGCUUUUAAUCGCAGACAAGAAAGGAGUCACUCAUGCGUUCAUCUUGAACGGUCUCGCCAAUGCCAACGAGAUCCUUGGCGAAGAGGCCUUCAAGCUCAGCGACUGGGAAGUCAUCGGCGAGUAUGUGUAUGAUGAGGAAGGCGGGCGUCACCAAGCUUUUUACUCGCCUGUCCGAGAUACAUACGUAAUGGGAACUCUCGUGAAGCAACAUGAGCGCGUUCAGGUUGAACAGAGUCUGAAGUACUCCCAACUGGGAGCCGAGAACCUGUGGAACAUGGCAGGCCUUGUUGAGACAACCUGCUGGGCCAAAGGCAACGAGCAUGGACUACACAUGAUUACUAAGAGAAAGAUGCCUUUCAGUCUCCUUCCCGACCUUUACGCCUCAUCGCCGUGUCCGACUUUGGACGAUUGGUCAGCGCUGUGGACGGCAUGGGAUGCUGUCACGCAGAAAAUGCUCCCGAGAGAAGAGUUGCUAGACCAGCCAAUCAAGCUCCGCAAUGCUUGCAUCUUUUAUCUCGGCCACAUUCCGGGGUUCCUGGAUAUCCAGCUGACCAAGACAACCAAGACAUCUCCGACGGAGCCGGCACACUUCCAACCCAUGUUCGAGAGAGGCAUUGAUCCCGACGUCGACAAUCCUGAGAAAUGUCACUCUCAUUCUGAAAUCCCAGACGAGUGGCCUCCUGUGGAACAGAUUCUCGAGUACCAGCAGCGUGUACGUUCGAGACUUCAGGACCUGUACAAGAAUGGAGUCGAUAAAAUCCCCAGAGCCGUUGCUCAAGGAAUCUGGGUGGGCUUUGAGCAUGAAAUCAUGCACAUGGAGACGUUGCUCUACAUGAUGCUCCAGAGCGACAAGACGCUUCCGCCACCUGACGUUCAGCAACCGGACUUUAAGCGUCUGGCCAACAAAGCUCGUCAGGCACGGGUGGCCAAUGAAUGGCAUGAUGUGCCUGCCCAAUCCAUUAUUCUGGGAAUGGACGAGCCUGCUCUUGAUGCCGGCGUCAACGGAUACUUUGGAUGGGACAACGAAAGGCCUGCAAGAAAGGCCGAGGUUCACGCGUUCCAGGCCAAGGGUCGACCCAUUACCAACGAGGAGUACGCACAAUACAUGUUCGAAAAUCACAUCCAAAAGGUUCCUGCAUCAUGGGCUGCUGCUGAAUCUAGCUCCAAAAAGGAUGUCCAUGUCAACGGCCAGGCGCAUUUGACCAACGGAUACACAAAUGGGCACACCAACGGCUACGUCAAUGGACAGGCAAACGGCCACCAGAACGGCGAGAGCGUGGUUCCCGACUCGUUCAUCGAUGGCAUCGCUGUCCGCACUGUUCACGGACUAGUACCUCUGAAAUACGCGCUAGACUGGCCCAUCUUUGCCUCAUACGAAGAGCUCUCUGGCUGUGCUGCGUGGAUGGGUGGUCGGAUUCCGACUUUCGAGGAGGCCCGGAGUAUUUACAACUAUGUGCACAACUCGAAGAGAAUGGAGGCUGAGCGCACGCUCGGAAGAACGGUCCCAGCAGUCAACGGGCACCUGUCGAAUGACGGGGUCGAGGAGACGCCACCAAAAACCAGCUCCCUCGAGGCCGAGAAGGCUCGUUCAGAGCUCUUCGUCGACCUCGACGGCGCCAAUGUUGGAUUCCAGCAUUGGCACCCCGUUCCCGUGACGGCCAACGGUGGCCGUCUCGCGGGACAAGGUGAGCUUGGCGGCGUCUGGGAAUGGACCAGCUCGCUCCUCGCUCGGCAUGAAGGCUUCGAGCCCAUGCCUCUGUAUCCUCAGUACACCUCCGACUUCUUUGACGGCAAGCACAACAUCGUCCUUGGAGGAUCUUGGUCGACCCACCCCCGCAUCGCCGGACGACGCUCGUUUGUCAACUGGUACCAGCGCAACUAUCCUUUUGCCUGGUGUGGAGCCAGACUCGUGAGAGACAUCAACUAA